AUGAACUGGUUUAUAUUUCUCGCUGUUUGUCUGGUACUUCUUUUCCAAGAAGGUCAAUGCUGUUUAAGACGAAGAUCAACUGAUGAUGUUUGUGAAUGCACAGAUUUCCGUAAUAUUACUAAAUCUCAGACAGUUAGAGAUACCAUUUUAUUCACUGAAGACGAUGGUUGUGUUAGAAAUGCCACAUGUGGUGCUCAUUACUUUACUUUUUUAAGAACUCGUUUUAAUGUCUCUGAACUAACUUUUCCAAGUGACAUGGCUAAUAUAAAAAAUGACGUAGAUCUCCAAACAGUGGAAAACGGUGACGGGUGGGAAGCACCAACAGGACCACCAGUGGAUUUAUUUUCAUUUUUUGGAAUAAUUUGUGAGAACAGUAAAUGGUACGCGACAAAGUACCCGGUUGGAAUUGAGUAUGUAAGCAUUGACUCUCAAUCCAAAUACUUUGGACUCGGAGGCGAGUUCGAUGGAAAGAAAUCUGAGAUAAUAGGGAUUCACUGUACACCACCAACAGUUGUAUUAAUGGUCGUUGUGGAUAUGGUUGUUGGAAUAGUAAUGGUAGUAGCAGUCGUAGUAGAAAGAGUAACAGUCGAAGUUUUCGAAGAGGUUUCAGUAAUCACUGCUAUCGAUGGAGUAUCCUUGCAGCAUUUUAAGCUAUACAACAUACUGACAUACCAUGAUGCAGGGUUAAUCUCAGUUGGAGUUCUCCAACCAGGAUAA